AUGGCCAUCAUGCCGCCUGAAAGGAACUGCGUCUUCCAUGGGGCUUUGCAGGUCACAAGCUUCAGCCCGGGCAAAUAUUUCGAGGAGAAGUACUUCUGGGAGAAGGCAAAUGUCGGUCCCUUCUUCCUCUUUCUCUUCUUUGCGCCCAGCCUCUACCGUUCCUUCAAGGACUACUACUGGACGCAACAGCUUCGCAAGCUGAGUACGGAAGAGAUCAUCAGCGAUCGCUAUGAGUGGCUUCGACUAAACAUGCUCCAGGACGAGGUUGAAGCCUGCUUGCUGACACAGGUGCCUGAGGGUGGUAUCAAGCCCCUGGAGCUGGGGCCUUCCAAGGUCGAGUGA